UGCGUGAACUAGACUAAGCCAGGAUGCCUGCAGAGGAACUCUUAUCCCCCAGUGCCUUCUGUUGCACUCCUCAAAAUGAAGCCUGCCGCUAUCAUGGGGAUUGCUGCAGUGAAAGAUGCAUUCUAAUAAGGCCGUUUCCACCAGUAAGCAUUUGUGGAUGAAAGCAGCCCUGGAAGUUUUGUCUUCACUGAUGCUGCAGUAAAAGUGACUGAACACUAUACAAUAGCUAGACGUUUUUAGUUGUGAUCUGUGAUUUAGAGAAUAAGUUGAUGAGU